AUGGAACCCCCUCAAAAACGCCCCAGAAAAGCAAAGACAACGCACCAACAGUUCCAGUUGUAUUUACACGAAUUAGAAACAAAUCCUCAUUUUAGAGAACACAAAUUUAAUGCAGAUGAACCCGCUACUUUAAACACAGCAUGGCUUACUUUAAGUAAUAAAUUAAAUGCAAGUGGAGGGCCCACCAAAGACGUAAAUGGAUGGAAGAAGACUUUUGCAGAUUGGAAAUCUGCAGUAAGGAAGAGAGCUCGCCUGAUUCAACAUUCGUUAAAAGAAACCGGUAAUGUAGGGUCUCCUGAAAAACCUCUAACUGAGCUAGAGGAACGGUUACUACAGAUCACUGGAAAAGUAGUGGUCGAGGGAUUGCCCGAUGUCCCUGAAAUUGGAGUCGAGAAUGAAGAACAUGAAACAACUGAGGCCACUGUUUUAACUGCCAGUGCUUCACAACCACAAUUGUUCAUCUCAGCCUCUGAACGUAUUAUCAAAACAAGUGGAGUGAAAGUUCUGCAACAAAAUAAGAAGUAUGAAAAGCCAAAAUGCACAAUUAAUUCCACAAUAAACAAAUUUACCAACGUCAAAGAAACGGAGGCCUUAGAACUUAAAGCAAUAAAUGAAAAGUUAGAAAAACUUAUUGAACAAAAUGAAACAAUAAUUUGGUUAAAAAAGAAGAAGAUGGAAUUAAAGUACAACGUGUCUUUUGAAGAACUUGAUGCAAACGGAAGUAAGUGA